ACGGGACGCUUUUACGUGAUAGAAUGGAUGAACAGUCGCAAGGCAUGCAGGGGCCUACUGCUCCACCAUUUCAGCCACAGAAAGCCUUGCGACCUGACAUGGGCUAUAAUACACUUGCCAAUUUCCGAAUAGAGAAAAAGAUUGGCCGUGGGCAGUUCAGUGAAGUUUACAGAGCAACCUGCCUGUUAGAUGGGGUACCAGUGGCACUGAAGAAGGUUCAGAUAUUUGAUUUAAUGGAUGCCAAAGCCCGUGCUGACUGCAUCAAAGAAAUAGAUCUUCUUAAGCAACUGAAUCAUCCAAAUGUAAUUAAAUAUUAUGCCUCAUUCAUUGAAGACAAUGAACUGAAUAUAGUGUUGGAAUUAGCUGAUGCUGGAGACCUCUCUAGAAUGAUAAAGCAUUUUAAGAAACAGAAGAGGUUGAUUCCUGAAAGAACAGUUUGGAAGUACUUUGUUCAGCUUUGCAGUGCCUUGGAACAUAUGCAUUCUCGUCGUGUUAUGCAUAGAGAUAUAAAGCCAGCUAAUGUGUUCAUUACAGCUACAGGGGUAGUAAAGCUUGGAGACCUUGGACUUGGUCGAUUUUUCAGCUCCAAAACCACAGCUGCACAUUCUUUAGUUGGUACACCUUAUUAUAUGUCUCCAGAGAGAAUACACGAAAAUGGUUACAACUUCAAAUCUGACAUCUGGUCUCUAGGCUGUCUGCUGUAUGAGAUGGCUGCACUGCAGAGUCCCUUUUAUGGUGAUAAAAUGAACUUGUACUCCCUGUGCAAGAAGAUAGAACAGUGUGACUACCCACCUCUCCCUUCAGAUCACUAUUCAGAGGAACUGCGACAAUUAGUUAAUAUGUGCAUCAACCCGGAUCCAGAGAAGCGACCAGACAUAACCUAUGUCUAUGAUGUAGCGAAACGUAUGCAUGCACACACUGCGAGCAGCUAAACAGACAUCAGACCAUGAAGAAAAAAGCAGAAAUAACCAAGUGUUUUAAGUAAAUCAUCCCACCUCUGUGUGUUACUGAAAUGUAAUUAUUUGAAGCUUACUGUUGUGCUUUGAAUUGUAAACCAAUUUAUAUACAAGCUAUGUUGUUUUCUGUUUAUUUCUAUUUUUUAUAUUUUUUACUAACUUGCAGUUUUACAAGAGGUUUAAAUAUGUAAAGCAAAACUUUAAAAGAUGCCGAGUACCACUGUUUUCCAUGUUAAGUGGGUUCAAGUAUAUUUUCUUUAAUAACAAAAUUGUGUUCAGUUGGGCCUCAGUUCUAAAACACAGUUGCACUUUUGCACAUGAUACAGAUAUUAGGCUUAUUAUCCAGAAGCAAAAUGUCUGAAUCUCUCACCUUUUUAGUAAUUUAUGGAAGGUAUGAAUCAGCACAGGUAACUUUAUUUUAGUCUUUGUUCUAAGAGGGACAUAGUUAUUAUAGAAGGUUAUUGUAUUUUAUAUUGAAUUGUAGUUUGCAGUUCUCAGUGUAAGAGUAGACAGGUGAUAGGAUUAGUUCUCUGCUUGCCAGAUGUGGUGGGAAAGCAGUUUCAGGAAAAAUUGUCACGUUGAAAUUUUUGUAACUUCCCUUUUUGUUUUGUUAUUCUGUCAUAAUGCACAUAAAACAUUUGUUGGCGGUUUUCUGGGAAAAUUUAAGGUGUGGCUUCUGCAAUCUGAUCGUUUUCAAUAGACUUGUGCAGCACUGCCCUGGGGCAAUAGGAGUCUGCAUAGUUAAGUCUUAAAACCAUGCAGAUGCUUCUUGUAGCAAAUAGGGUUCUUCUGAGGCUAGCGUUUAUGAGAAGGUCUGAUUAAAAGAUGCUAUCUUUAAGUUACAACUUCCCAGCUGUUUAUGUAUGUCACUGUUUGUAGAUUUUUGUGUUUAAAAUAUUUUGAAUGACCUUACAGUAUAUUUAAAUUUUAAAAUGUUUUUUUAACUACAGAAACCUUUUGGAAAAGAUAUAAUAGUGUAGUGUAACACAAAAUAUAUUCUUUAUGAAUAUCUGGUUUUGUAUACUGUAUCCUGAGAAUUAGUUUUAUAUUUAGCAAAAGUAAAUUUUAGCUUUUAUGUUUAAGAGAAAAGUUGCCAAUCCUUAAUUUGGGAAAUAAAUACAUAUGCAAAAUGUCUUAUAAAUACUUUAUUAGUUGAAAAGGAAAUUCAGAAUACUUUUGUUAGACCUUAGUACAUUUUUGGGUAUGCUUAAAUAAUAUUUUAUUGUUAAGGAAGGAAGGUGUCUUAUUUUUAAAUGUGGUAAAAAUGGAGAAUGGACUGAAAUUUCUUGAGUUUCAAGACUGAACUUUUUAUACAGAACUGUCAAAACAUAAUUAUUACCAGUGAUAUUGCUAAGAAGCUGUUACGGUCAGUUAAAUCUUUUUCCUUAUGUGGGUAAAAAGAAGUUCAAAUAAAAGCAGCAGUAUGUACAUACA